GUGCCCCUUCCUUGUCUUUUCCCCUCAGGAGCAGUCGGGAAGGUGGCGGCGGCGGCGGUUGUCCCGGCCGGGCCGGUUGGUGUGGCCCGUCAGCCCGCGCUCUGCAGCGCCCGCGCCGCGCCGAGCGCAGUCGAGCCGAGCCGCGGCGGCCGGUCGGCGCGGGCGGCGCGUGCCGACGGAGGGCUGCGGCGCGGCCAGGGCGGCCCGUGGGACCGCGGGCCCCCGGCGCAGCGCCGCCCGGCUCCCGGCCCUGCCGGCCUCCUCCCUCGGCGCCGCGGCCAUGGCGGCCAGCGCGAAGCGGAAGCAGGAGGAGAAGCACCUGAAGAUGCUGCGGGACAUGACCGGCCUCCCGCACAACCGAAAGUGCUUCGACUGCGACCAGCGCGGCCCCACCUACGUGAACAUGACGGUCGGCUCCUUCGUCUGUACCUCCUGCUCCGGCAGCCUGCGAGGGUUAAAUCCACCGCACAGGGUGAAAUCUAUCUCCAUGACAACAUUCACACAACAGGAAAUUGAAUUCCUACAAAAACAUGGAAAUGAAGUCUGUAAACAGAUUUGGCUAGGAUUAUUUGAUGAUAGAUCUUCAGCAAUUCCAGACUUCAGGGAUCCACAAAAAGUGAAAGAGUUUCUACAAGAGAAAUAUGAAAAGAAAAGAUGGUAUGUCCCGCCAGAACAAGCCAAAGUGGUGGCAUCAGUUCAUGCAUCUAUUUCAGGGUCCUCUGCCAGUAGCACAAGCAGCACACCUGAGGUCAAACCACUGAAAUCUCUUUUAGGAGAUUCUGCACCAGCACUGCACUUAAAUAAGGGCACACCUAGUCAGUCCCCAGUUGUAGGUCGCUCUCAAGGGCAGCAGCAGGAAAAGAAGCAGUUUGACCUUUUGAGUGAUCUUGGCUCAGACAUCUUUGCUGCUCCAGCUCCUCAGUCAACAGCUACUGCCAAUUUUGCUAACUUUGCACAUUUCAACAGUCAUGCAGCUCAGAAUUCUGCAAAUGCAGAUUUUGCAAACUUUGAUGCAUUUGGACAGUCUAGUGGUUCGAGUAAUUUUGGAGGUUUCCCCACAGCAAGUCACUCUUCUUUUCAGCCCCAAACUACAGCAUUUAGAAUGCUUUCAUCUAGCUGCAGUUUUGGUGAAUUUACUUCAGCUUUUCCUCUCCAGGCUACUCACAGUGGAAGUGCUGGAUCAGUAAAUGCUAAUUUUGCUCAUUUUGAUAACUUCCCCAAAUCCUCCAGUGCUGAUUUUGGAACCUUCAAUACUUCCCAGAGUCAUCAGACAGCAUCAGCUGUUAGUAAAGUUUCAACGAACAAAGCUGGUUUACAGACAGCGGACAAAUAUGCGGCACUUGCUAAUUUAGACAAUAUCUUCAGUGCUGGGCAAGGUGGUGAUCAGGGGAGUGGCUUUGGGACCACAGGUAAAGCUCCUGUUGGUUCUGUGGCUUCAGUUCCCAGUCAGGCAAGUGUAUCUUCAGACAAGUAUGCAGCCCUGGCAGAACUAGACAGCGUUUUCAGUUCUGCUGCCACCUCCAGUAAUGCAUAUACUUCCACAAGUAAUGCUAGCAGCAGUGUUUUUGGAACAGUGCCAGUGGGUGCUUCUGCACAGACACAGCCUGCUUCUUCAAAUGUGCCUGCUCCAUUUGGAGCUACGCCUUCCACAAAUCCAUUUGUUGCUGCUGCUGGUCCUUCUGUGGCAUCUUCUACAAAUCCAUUUCAGACCAAUGCCAGAGGAGCAACAGGCCUUUCUGGAGCAAUGCAUUCUCAAGUGUUUCCUCACGCUCAUUUUGCGGCAACCUUUGGCACUGCAUCCAUGAGCAUGCCCGCAGGGUUCGGCACUCCUGCUCCCUACAGUCUUCCCACCAGCUUUAGUGGCAGCUUCCAGCAGCCUGCCUUCCCGGCCCAAGGAGCUUUCCCUCAACAGACAGCUUUUUCCCAACAACCCAAUGGUGCAGGUUUUGCAACAUUUGGACAAACAAAGCCAAUGGUAACACCUUUUGGUCAAGUUGCGGCCGCGGGGGUAUCUAGUAAUCCUUUUAUGACUGGUGCACCAACAGGACAAUUUCCAACAGGAAGCUCAUCAACCAAUCCUUUCUUAUAGCCUUAUAUAGACACUUUACUGGAACGAACUUUUAUGUGGUCACAUUACAUCCUCUCCACCUCUUGCACUGUUGUCUUGUUUCACUGAUCUUAGCUUUAAACACAAGAGAAGUCUUUAAAAAGCCUGCAUUGUGUAUUAAACACCAGGUAAUAUGUGCAAAACGGAGGGCUCCAGUAACAAGUUUUAACCUGUGAAUUGGCAGAAAAAGGUAGCGGUAUCAUGUAUAUUAAAAAUUGGCUAAUAUUAAGUUAUUGCAGAUACCACAUUCAUUAUGCUGCAGUACUGUACAUAUUUUUCUUAGAAAUUAGCUAUUUGUGCAUAUCAGUAUUUGUAACUUUAACACAUUGUUAUGUGAGAAAUGUUACUGGGGAAAUAGAUCAGCCACUUUUAAGGUGCUGUCAUAUAUCUUGGAAUGAAUGACCCCAAAUCAUUUUAACCAUUGCUACUGGAAAGUUACAAAGUCAAAAUUGGAAGAUUUUAUUCAUUCUUGAAUUUUUCCUUUCUAAAGAGCUCUUCUAUUUAUACAUGCCUAAAUUCUUUAAAAAUGUAGAGGGAUACCUGUCUGCAUAAUAAAGCUGAUCAUGUUUUGCUACGGUUUGCAGGUGAAAAAAAUAAAUAUUAGAAAAUAUGCUAUUGUUUUUGUGUUCUUGCUGCAAUGCCUUUACCAAAGUGGCCUUAAAUAUGAGUAGUGAAUUGAGAACAUCUUGAAUUCUUAAAAGAUUUCUAGUGACUAACUUUUUAUUAAAAGGCCAUGUAGAAAAUUUAUUAAAACUACUUUGACUGCUAUAUUCAGGAAUAUGACAAUGGUAAAGCAUUUAAAUGUAGCUUGUCAGAUUUACUGUAAUCCUUCUAAUUUCUUUGCAACUUCUUAAUUUUGGUAAAUUUGUAUAUAUAAAGAAUUUGCAUGUAUGUGUAUUUACCAAUUUUUCUAAGUAUCUUGAAUUCUCAGACUGCAAAAGGCCUAUUUUAACUAUUGAUUUUUUUAAAAAAAAAUUGUCGUUGAAUGUAUUGGAAGUAGACAUGCAUUAACUGUGACAUGAUUGCACCUCAGUUUUUUUCUUUUUUGGACAAACUGAUAUAAUCUAUAUGACAUUUGUUUCUGUUUGUUUUUGGGGGGAAAGAAACUGGAACCCAGUGUUACCUUGAAGUCAUGGAAUACUUGUUUAAAAAGACAGAGUUACUAAGUUCAGUUAUAUCUUUUUUGUUAAUAUUCAAAUUAACUUGUUUAAAUAUUUAUGUAUAAGUAAUGCCUCAUUCAUCCAGAGAUAAUCUGGCAGUCUCAUCAAAAUGAAAUUUAAUUAAAAAACUUGGAAUCGUUUUUUAAAAAAUGCCUCUGAGCAAGCCACAUGAGUCACAAAGUAUAUAUGUUAGAACUCAUGCAUUUGUUUUUAUGUGAGAUUUUAAUAAUUUUGAUUAUUUGAUUUCUCAGCCCAUCACAUAUUAGCAGUUGAGAAGGGAUGGCUUGAAAGGAAGGAAACUGAAAAAACUAUGAGGAGCAUACACUGUCCAAAAACAUUUAGUGUAGGGACAGCCAGCCAGCCUGGAGGACAUCACUGCUUUACGUCAUCUUCUGAGAAUUGUCCUUUAUUAUGCCUCUGGGUCAUCAAGAAAGGGUGAAUUGCAUAUGCAAAUAUGUAAUACAUGUUUGAAAAGUUUUAUCUUAAAAUGAUUAAAAUUUUUUAAAAAGCUUUGGUAUUAAAAGAGGUAAACAGAAGUUUCCUCAAACAUUUUAUUCAUGUUGAAUGCCUUUUGCAAUGAUGACUACAUGAGUUGUUGUAGUAUUUUAAAAUCUGUAUAGUGUUUUAGACUUGUUAAAACAUUGCUGUCCCGUGUACAUCUAGCUCAACGUCUGGUUUAUUGGAACCAUUUUGAUAAGCAAGAUGACUGGAAAAUCUCUACCCCUUUCUGAGCAGUAUAUGCUUCUUCUCUUAGAAUUAAAUGAAUGCUGCACAGGUCCAGAUGUAUGUUGGUAUAGCCUUGAAAUGUCUCUACAUUUUGGGGGACUUCUUCAGCCCCUUUUUCAUGGAGGGAAAACUUAGGAAAUGUCUUCGAAUUUCUGUUUUAGAUUGUAUUGGAUCCCAAUUAAUUCAUAUGUACAAAGUUAUGCUAUAUAAUUGUAGGCCAUUAUCCAAAUAACCCACCAGGCUUUCCAUCUAAGAAGUAAAUUAAAUAGUUGUUAUCAAAAUAA